AGCAAGAAACUGGGAAUCCGACGACUAAAUCCCUUGAGCCAAUUCUCAAUCAUCUGAUUGUCCGCUGCUACUCGAUAACAUUGUUAUUACUUGUGUCGUAACAUAUUCCAUUUUAAGUAUCUAAACAUGGAUAGCAUAACCAGUAAGGCUGUUGUGCUGUCCCGCCAAUACAUGCAAUUACGUAACUUAGCUACCGUUGCUGCAGUAAAGCCAGCCGUUGCACCUAGAAUCAAGAAGUUUGCAGUUUAUCGAUGGAAUCCUGAUAUCUCCGGAGACAAGCCGCAUCUGCAGACCUAUGAAGUUGAUUUGAAUACGUGUGGACCUAUGGUUCUUGAUGCAUUAAUUAAAAUCAAGAGUGAAAUAGACCCUACACUCACAUUUAGGAGGUCAUGCAGGGAAGGUAUCUGUGGCUCCUGUGCGAUGAAUAUAGGGGGUUGCAAUUCCCUUGCCUGCAUUAGCAAAAUUGACACAAAUCUGGAAAAACCUGUGAAAAUCCAUCCACUUCCCCACAUGUAUGUUGUGAAGGACCUUGUACCAGAUAUGAGUAACUUCUAUGCUCAGUACAAAUCAAUUCAGCCUUGGCUGCAACGCAAAGAUGAAUCUAAGAUGGGACAGAAGCAGUAUUUGCAAAGCGUAGAAGAUCGUCAGAAAUUGGAUGGUCUCUAUGAAUGCAUUCUGUGUGCGUGCUGCAGCACAUCGUGCCCGUCGUAUUGGUGGAAUUCUGACAAGUACCUUGGUCCAGCGGUACUUAUGCAGGCUUAUCGCUGGAUGAUUGAUUCUCGUGACGAAGCCACCAAAGAUCGUCUGGAUCGGCUUAGGGAUCCGUUUUCGGUUUUCCGCUGCCACACUAUUAUGAAUUGUACUAAGGCAUGUCCGAAAGGCCUAAACCCGGGUAAAGCUAUUGCUGAAAUUAAAAAACUGCUGAGUGGUUUUACUAAAAAAGAAGAACCGAAACUGAACCCCGUUGGUUAGAUUCUUGCACACAUUGUCUUAUUGAGAAGGAUCUAGUUUAAAUCACGUUCGCGUUUUUACAACUUCAAGUAGUUAACGCGGGUUUCCCUUCUCUUGUAGUUAUGAACGAGAUAUAAUAUAAUGUUUUUGGAUUCACCUUGAGUCUGCCAACUAAAAAAUAAAAUGCUUUCCUGUU